UUAUGGUGCUGCUACCAUCACGGCCAAUUGUCUGGAUGAAAAGCAGGCUCUGCCUCACUUACCGAUCUGAGCUUUUGCCUCAACAUCAGGUUCCCGAUCAUAGUUUCCGAUCAUCCCCUUGGCUCAGGUCAAAGCAGGGUAACUGCUGGAUUUAUGGACAGAGGCAAGGAGAGACAGAAAGAGGGAGCGAGAGAGACAGAGAGGGAGGGAGGGAGAGCAGAAAGCAGUAUCUGUUAACAGGAAAACUCCUAACGUAUCACUUGGGAAACCCGCAAGCAGAUGUGGUGGCGGAGUGAUGCAGGGACUGGACAGAGAGGCAAAUUAGCAGACACAGCACACAGGGCAGAGGCUUAAUUUUACAGAAAAGAUGGUGGGGCUGAGAAACCGCUCUACAUGGGAACCACUGCUACUCAAAGCCUCCUGCAUCAAAUCUUGUGCUAAUGGUUGCUCCAUGGGCAUCACUGCGCACCUUACCUAUGCCAAUGCUGACAUAGAGUCUGUAGAAGGUGUGUUCAUAUACCCUCUCGGUGAAAAGGAGGUUGUGGUGGGCUUUGAAGCCGUGAUCGCAGGCCGGUUGGUUGGGGUCCAGAUCCAAAGCCGAGGAAAGUUAAAGGACUGCUGUUUGGAUUGCUGCCCUGGAGUUGGUCUUGAAGGGAAUGGCCUGGAGUGGGGCUGCUGUGGGAGCCCCAGUCUAGACAUGCAAUGCACCAAUGGACAUCUGAUCCUGGAUGAGGACCUGGAGAGAACCACUUUCAUCGUGGGCACCGGAGUCAUUGGCCCCAUGGAUAUAGUGUCGAUCAUCAUAAGCACGACACUAGAACUUCCCACAUUAGAAAACGGAGCCAUUCGGAUCGUCUACCCCACACUCCUUACCCCGCUUGUCACUGGGAAAAUGACUCCAAGCAAGAGUGAAAGUGGAGGGAAGUCUGAUGAAACUGGGGCGACCAGUUGUUUUGGUGCCACCUCAGGAAAACAAGAUCGGAUCGUGCACUCUCAGCAGCAGUGUGCGCACGCCAUCUUCACCAGCCCAGCUGUCAACCUGGCACCUUAUGAGCUGAACUUCCAGCUGCUGGUCAGAGGGGCCUGUCUGCUGGCUGGACUGGAGAGCCCUACUCACGCUCUGAGGGCAGAUGCAGAUCCAAGUGCCCAAAGUGCCUCUGCCACCUACAUCACCUUGGCACAGGAGCAUCCCUAUGACAGACACAUAGAGAUUAUUUUGCACCUCAGCGAACCUCACAGCCCCUUGGUCAUCUUAGAGAGAGGCAGGCUCUCCUUCAGCCAAUAUGAACAGCAAAUCUGCUCCCGUCGAGAUUUCAUCCGAUGCACCCGCAAGGAUUCAGAACCUGAAAGAAAGCUGGAGUUUGUCAGGAAGCGAUACCACAAAGACAUUCUGUGCAGCCCCGUGUUGAUGCUCAAUUUCUGCCCCGACUUGCUGCGUGAACCUCUGGAAGUGCACAAAGCCACCAGGGAGCUGCUGUUUCUCAUUGAUCGCAGUGGCAGCAUGAGUGGCGCCAACAUCCAGCGUGUGAAAGAAGCCAUGGUGGUGGCACUCAAGAGUCUACCUUCUGGCACAAUGCUCAACAUUGUGGGAUUUGGUACCACCAUCAAGCCCCUGUUCACCUCCAGCAAGCUUUGCACUGAUGUCACACUAACUCGGGCCUACGAGUACGUCCAGAGGAUGAGAGCUGACAUGCGAGGCACCAAUCUGCUGGGGGCGCUCUUCUGGGUCUAUCAACAGCCCAUGCAGCGCUCGUACCCUCGCCAGGUCUUUAUUAUUACAGAUGGAUCCAUCAGCAAUGUAGCUAGAGUGCUGGAGCUAGUACGCAGAAACGUGUGUGCUGGCAGAUGCUUUGGCUUAGGCCUUGGUCCACGAGCCUGCAGGAGACUCCUGCAGGACGUUGCCAAACUGACAGGAGGGACUACAGAGUUCUUGGAUGAUGAGGAGAGACUCCAGCCCAAGUUAAUCAAGUCCCUGAAGAAGGCCUUUGAACCUGUUCUGACUGACGUACGGAUCGACUGGUAUCUGCCAGAAAACAUGGAAGCUCUUCUUACACCCAAUGAAAUCCCUCCACUCUACCCCGGGAAUCGCCUCAUAGGAUACUGCACGCUUUACGACAUGACCAGUUUCAAAGCAAAAAAGGCAGAGGAACAGAGCUACAAAGAUUUACUUCGUGGUUCUACGGGUUCAGUUUUUGGCCAGUCGAACGAUGAGCUUUCACCUCCUCCUGCCUCUGAGCUCAUGCCUGUGGUGACAUGUGCAGAUGGCACUGAGUUGGAGGAAGCACUGAGGGAAAUUUCUAGAGAGAUAUCCUCUGAGUUCUCCUGUGCCAAAGACACAGACACAGGCACCAGUCCAGGUGUGGAGUUGGACUGGUCCAGCGAUGUGAGGAAGAGGAUCCAGGAGACCUCUUACAUUCAGGAGCAGUACAUCCUCACUCGCUGCUCACUCAGCAGUGAACGAAGUCUACAAACGCAGUCCCACUCUCACAUACAUGCCUCAAAUUCUGACGGGGCCUUUCUCUCCAGCUGUCACUGCUCUGGUCCAGUGCUCGAUACAGGGUCUCUGCCCCAAGGCCUCGAGAAGAUGCCCCCUCCAGAACAGAGAUCAUCCCUGUCUCGCUGGGCAGACUCAUCGUGGCAGCAAGACCUUUCAGUCAAAUCCCCAGACAGCGGGACCAAAAAAAACGGGUGUCUGGAUGGAGCUGAGGAGUCUCGUAGGAGACAAAAAGCACUAGCACGUUCGACGAUGGCAGCGCGAAGUUUUUCGUCCCCCCAGGGUGAAUUAGAGAUGCAUCGGCUGAGAAGGGCUCUGGAGAGGGUCUCCUUUGACCAAACACUGGGAGGGAAGCUGGAAGAAAGUGACGGGGAGACAAAGCCAACACCACGAGGGACAGCGUCCCACAGAAGCCUCACCGACUCCAAUGGACUCUUGUUUCCCGCCUCCCCUCUGGACUGGGACAGUUUCACAGAUCCAGAGUAUCUCUUCGCUGCUGUCCCGCCUGACAGUCCUCCCCCAGGCCAGUGCCGUUCCCUUAUUCAUGGUGUCCUGAGUGGCAGGCCUGUGUCCUGGGAGGUCACUGUAGACCUGGGGCACCUCUGGACCCCUGAGAGUCAGGACAUUGAAGUAAGUGGGGUAUAUGGAAGGGGAGGUGAAGAAGGAAGAGGAGGGAAAUCGUGGCAGGAGAUCAUUCACCAACUGACCGCUCGCUCAGUUAUAAGAGACUUUGAGAAAAUGGCAGAGAAAGAGAGCGACAUUGGACAUGGCUCAGCGAAGCGAUAUCGUACAAAGGCUAUCCAGACAAGUAAGCACUGUAACAUCAUCUGUAUGUACACAGCCUUCACCACCACUGACAGCAAUCCCAACAAAGGCUUGGCUGACAUGGAUGUGCAAACCACAGGGCUACAUUUGGGAAACAGGCAGGCUUUUCAGUCAGGCAUUCGUAGGCAGAGGACUUAUUCUGUAGGUCUGGGCAGACGGCACACCACUGGAGACAGUGCAGAGGUGGAAGACACCUGGAACUCUACAGGUAAGAACGACCGAAUGAUGCCAGCACCCAUUUCUGUUAUCAAGACUUUAGGUCAUCAACAAUCUUUGUAUCUCUCAGACAGAGAUGACACUCCUGCCUCACCCUGUAGUGUAACAUCCUGGGACUCUAGUGUAGGGGGCAGCUCCUACUACACUACAGCCAUGGCAACAGGCACCCCGAGCACUCGCUCACAGCGCUCUAUAGAGAGCAAGUCAAUGGAGAGCUUCUUUGGCACCAGGUUCCCGCUGGGCAGGCUCAGGUCCUCCAUUUCAUCAGGAAAGCAGGUGCCUGUCAAGUCCCACUGCUUAUCUGCCGAGACUGAGAAACAUCCUGAAAGUGAAGCUCCAGACUACCUGCCCCUGGUUCAUCUGCAGCUGGCAUCAGGAGCUUUUCUUCUGACUGAGAUCUACUCUGACUGUGUCCAGAUUCCUCUGGACCGCCUUAAAAGAGCAUCGCCAUACAGUCUCCACCGCCGUAGUCUCAGCCCAGCCUUACGCUGCACAUCUCCCAGUGCUCCAUCCUUGUCCACUAGUGCCAAACCUCCUGGUGCUCCCUCUGGUCACCACGUUACCUUCUCUCCUUCCGCUUGCUCCUUUGUCAGACCAGCCAUUCCACCUUUCCACCACACUCCAGAUGAUACUCCCCUAAUUUUGGAAUCGAGGCUUCGCCGAAGAUACCUCUCUGAACAAGACCCUGUCACCUCUCCCACUGACCUCCCCAGCUCUGAAGAGGGUUCUUUGGAGUUAUCCAUCAGCCCCUUUCAGAACCAGAACCUCGGCCAAGCAGACAGUGGCCGUGGGUCAGAGACAGAUAUAUAUGAAGGCUUUACACCUGAGCAAGCUUACCUCCAAGGGAGCAGCCAGUUGGCUCAAGAGGAUCUGGAGGGCUCAACUUGGGCCACAGCUGUGGCCCUAGCGUGGCUAGAGCACCGGUGUGCCGGCUACUUUAUGGAGUGGGAACUGGUAGCAGCAAAAGCAGACUCAUGGCUGCGCUGUCAGAAGCUGCCCGAGGGACUGGACAUGGCAGGGCUUAAGGGAGCAGCCAGACAGCUGUUCCUGCUGCUGCGCCACUGGGAUGAGAACAUUCAGCUGAACAUGCUGUGUUAUAACCCAAAUAAUAUGUGAGACAAUCGUCUCAGAGGAAACCAAGCCAACUCUGAUUGUUAGCAUUCUCACCAUUCCCCAAUGAUAGUGACUCUAAAUGCCUUUACAUGGAAAAAUCGUGUUUUAUUAACUUAGGCAGUGCCAAGUUCAUUCUAAUACUACAUGCCAUAGACCAGGAGGCCUUUUAUGAUCAGUGUGCUUUAUGCAAUCACAAAUAUGCCUUUAUCAUCUAAAUGGGCUUUUUGUAGUCUAGCUUUUAGUUUGCAGCCAGUAUAAUAUACUACUAUACCA